GUUUCACCUUUCAAGCGUGUUCAUUUACUCUAGCGCUGCGCAAGCGAACUGCAGCGCGCGACACUCUCUCAUAUCAGGACUGUGGAGAACGAGGACGCCAAAAAAACCGUUAGUGCAGUACUAAUGCAAAGACGUACUUCUGAAGUCUCAACAGUGCAACGCAGGUGGAUAUAACUGUUAUCGAUACAAUAUUUUUCUCCUCGUGCCAUGAAGAAUCUUCUCCCCAAGCUGUGGAUGUUCAUCGCUCCAGUUGUCCUCCUCCCUUCGCUCAACGCUACCGAGUAUGAGUACUACACUUGGAAACCGGAGACGUGGGUAAACAGUUACGGCAAAAGCCCACAGUGCAUGGAAAUUCCCGAGGACCUGAGGCUGUGUUUCAAUGUGGGCUACCACCAGAUGCUGCUUCCCAAUUUGCUAGAGCAUGAAACCAUAGCUGAGGUGAAGCAGCAAGCGGGCAGCUGGGUUCCUCUGGUGCACAAAGCCUGUCACCCCGGCACGCAAGUGUUCCUCUGCUCGCUCUUCGCCCCCGUGUGCCUCGAAAGACCCAUAUAUCCGUGCCGCUGGCUGUGCGAGGCUGUCCGGGAUAGUUGUACCCCUAUAAUGCAGGCGUUUGGGUUCCCUUGGCCUGAAAUGCUCAACUGUGACAAGUUUCCCCUGGGCGACGUGUGCAUUUCUAUGAACACCACCAGUAGCGACGAUACGGAUAAAUCCCCAGGUGUCACUUCUGUGUGUCCGCCAUGUGACAAUGAGAUGAACACAGAUGGAAUUCUGGAACACAUGUGUGCCAGUGAAUUCGCAAUCAAGACGAAGAUUAAGGAAGUCAAAAUAGACAACUUAGAUCGAAAAGUCAUUCUGCAAAAAAGGAGGAAGGCGGUGAAGCUUGGAACUCUGAAAAAGCAGGACCUAAAGAAGCUUGUUCUUUACCUGAAAAACGGAGCAGACUGCCCAUGCCAACAACUGGAAAACCUAGGGAGCAACUAUUUAAUCAUGGGCCGGAGUGUGGGGAAACAGCAUAUAUUGACAGGCAUUCAUAAGUGGGACAAAUCUAGCAAAGAAUUUAAGAAGGCUCUUAAAAAACUUAAAAGCCACAAAUGUUCAGCUUUUGAGACAAUGUUCAAGUGAUUUUUGAUCAUCUGGUUACUAAUCUUUGUGAACUUCCCAUUAUAACAUAUUACAUUUUGCAUUACAGUACAGUACAGUAUAUAAAGGAACCACAGAUGCCACAAUCCAACUUAGUUUGUUUGCCUGAAUACAUACAAACAAGUGCCAUUUAGAUCAAAUUUUAAAAUGUUGUUGAACAUUUCUAACCAAUCCAAGUACAAAACAGUUAUUCAUAGUUAUUUGCAUUCCAUUAUGCUUCAAGUCAGUUUGCAAAAACUGCCUUUUGAUAUAUAUUGAUGUUUUCAUGGUGGAAUAAUAUCUAUAUCCAUGCAAUCUGUUAAUAAUGUUUAUGUUUUAUAAUAUUCGUCACAGCUAUCAGGUAUUCGGUAUUCAGUAAAAUACAUAACAUCUUACACAAUAAAGAGAUACUUUUUUUGACAGUUUAUUGCUGAAUAGGAUGCAAAUCACAAUUAAUCAUGCUGUGGAAGGUGUCCUAUAGCAUGCCUGAGGACUUGCACAAUGCACUGUAAUCAUUCAACAUUAAAACAGAAAAUAUUUUUAAUAUA